AUGGAUACCGCUUUCCCUCCGUCACCACAGUGGAAUCAACCCCACGCAGCCUGUCUCUAUUGCUUGUGCGAGGAUACAGGCUGGCUUCUGUAUUCUCUUAACAAUGAUAUCCAUAUACUUAAUCCAUUCACUCUCAAGUACCAGGGCAUAUUGGCCAAUGGGCAUACCGCCAGGAUCAAUGCUAUAGCUUCAAGGUCUACGAUGACGUCUACUUUAGGGAACGGGAGCCUUGGCUCUAAACUCGAACAAGAUCAAGAUGCAUUGACCAAUCAAAAAACUCUUGUAGCGUCCUGUGGGGACGAUCUUAAAGUUAUUUGCUGGGAUAUCAAGGAUCAACGGGCAGUGGCGUCACUGAAGAAACUGCAUCAAAAACCAGUCAAGGCUGUGGAAUGGACUGGAGACGGUCGCCUUAUUGUAUCCGGCGACAAAGGAGGAGUAUUAGCUGUAUGGUCACCGUUCCAAGGCAAAUCGAAUAAAAAGGUUCUACCAGAGAAGCCCAGUAUUUCAUGUAUAAGUUCUAGCCCUGCGCAUCCAGAUACUGCAGCUAUUGGACUGGAUGGGGGCGACAUACUUAUUUGUCAAGUUAAUUUAACUCAUAUUAUUGCGCUGCGUCGAUUAUAUGGUCAUACAGAAAAGAUUCAGAGUCUUUCGUGGCAGCAGUUAUCGGGCUCAGGAUCUGCAGAUCAAUCUAUUCGGAUCUGGGAUAUUGAAAAAGAAUGCUCCGUGAGAAUAAUCUCAAUGCCAGAACUGGACAAAAAACUAGGAUCUAGCCAGCGAUCGAAAAUAUGGGUGCCUCUUGGAUGGACUUCCGAUGGUAAAGGGGUCGUUUCUUGUACAAGUCGUGGGAGUAUGGUUCGCUGGUCACUCAAAGGAGAUACUAGAGAUUUUGUCAAGAUCAUGCAUGGAAAUGUGCAUAGCCGUACUGUAUACCAGAUAAUGAUGUGGCCUCUUGGAGGCUUUGCGUUCUCGAUAUCAAUGGAUAGAAGGAUCAUAGCUUGGGACAUUGAAAACAACCAGGGUAUAGCUCAGAUAGAAUGUAUUGGAGGGAAUGUUUAUAGUCUCGACAUUAGCCCUUUAGACCCCAGCCGAUUGGCCAUGGGGCUUGGAAACGAAACAGUGAAGAUCUGGCACACACUUAGUCAGGAUGAGCCUUAUGAAUGUGUGACUAUAGAUCGAUUGCAGAGUAAAGUCCGGGUAGUAAAGUGGCACACUCUUGACGAGGGCAAACUUUGCUUUGGACUUGAGAAUGGCAAGAUUGGGAUGAUAGAGGAUAUUAUGAGUGGGUCUGGACUUGACAAUCAGCAAUCGACACAAAGGAAAAACGGGAGGCAAAGAGCGGUUGGCAAAGGUAAGGUGGACCAAAACAUGACAAUCUUUCAGUCUUAUCAUGAAGGGCCUGUUAUUUCCAUGACUUGGUGUACCCCAAAGGUAUUUGAGGCCCCGGUUCCGGAUCUCUUUGAUUUUUCUCUUCACGAGGCUACAUUUUGUGUGGUCACAUGUGGCAGUGAUGGCAAAAUUCUCGUCACAGAUACAUCGAAGCCUACAAAAAAGAGUCUUAGUCUUGAAGCCGUGAUUCAGAAGCAAAAUUCCGCGUGGUAUCAGUCAUUAAAGGUUAUCAAGGGCAUUGAGGCUCCUCAGAGACGAGAUGUUGCUAUUCAUCCCAAUGAAGACCUCCUUGCGAUUGGAAAUGAUGAUGGCUCUGUCGAAGUAUUUGAGUUGAGAUACUUCAAGUUGGUAUACGUGUAUCAAGGUCACCGGCGACGCGUGAACCGGCUGAAGUGGAAUUGGAUUGAAAAUGGAGGGUCAAACAUUAUCAAAGAUUACGACCAGCUUUCUUAUCUCCUUGCUAGCGGAUCAGACGAUGGUGCUUUGGCCAUCCAUAAGCUCUAUUGUUUUUCAGCCAAAACUCUGGGAGGAAAGAGGGAGCGUGGUCAGCGAGAGACAAGCGGAAGACGUCAGGAUAGCGCUAGCAAGAGUGAUAAGAGUGAGGCACAGUUGCUGCGUUUAUUGGAUAGUGGUACAGUUUUACCCACGCGUCGUGUUCACGCCUAUUUUUCGUGCCACUCACGAGGGAUUUCUGACUUAGCCUGGUCGCCGCAUAGGCCCGCCGAAGAAUCCAACCCAACUGGCCAAAAAAUCGUGAGCGUCUCGUUUGAUGGAAAAGCAAUUGUCUACGAGAUUCAAACGAAUGACGAAGUUGGCCUGAGCGCUAAUCUCUGUCAGAACGACCCAGAAAUGGAUUACAUUGAUACAGCAGCAGCCGGCACAGUUAUGCAUAUUGCUAAUGCAAUCGAUUCUGCUGUUGCCCAGCCUCUUCCGCAACAACAUAAAAUACUAGCCUAUUUCGAUGGUCAUGGGAAUCAGGCCCUUUCAGCGCACUGGAGUUUGUCAGAGGUGGAUCAAAUUUAUACUGGUGGGAACGAUUGGAGAGUAUGCCUUUGGAAUUGGAGAAAGCAUGAAAUUUCAGAAGAGGAGAUUGCGGCGCUUAGGCAUGUGAGAGUGGGUUCAAACCCGCAUUCAGGAAUGUAUUCUUUAAUUAAGGACCAAGCAACUGCUUCCAGUGCUGCAGAUCAAGUAGGAGUAACGCAGAUUGGACCGCUUAUUGAGCCUCAUAGUAACGUAAGAACUGGAACUCAUAUAGAGGUAGAAGCAGCAGAAGAGUCUGAGUUGCCGAAAAGACAAGGCGACCCCAUCCCACAAACUCAUCUUACUGCAUCUAAGCGAGCGCGGGCGAGUACAGCCAAAGUUACAGAUGGUAGUGCUUUUCAACUCUCCACAGGGCAUCCACCAACGGCAUCCAAAGAUAAUAAAUCGAUAACGCCUGUUAAAGGAGUCAAUCUUUUCCCCUCAAGCUCGAAGGCUUUCCGAACCCAGUCCAAAGAAAAGCUUCAUCUGGAGAUUAUACGACUGGCUCGUAACCUGUACUGCAGGCGAUUUCGGCAGGGAGGCACACUUAGGAGCGAAGCGGAGCAUGAGGCAGCGAGGAAGAGAUGGCGCGCUAUGCGCGACUUUCUUGAGAAGGAUGAGGAAGAAGGUGUUAUCUUGUCCAGUAUCUUGGGCAUGGAUGUGGAUGAGAUGAACCUAGAUGAUAGUUACAACGACGAAGAUAAGGGAAAUUCAAGCACUCAUGCCGAUACAAGCGAAAGAGUCUCUCAAGGUUCUAUUAUUGGGCCUUGUUCUACGUACACGGACGGAGCAAUCAUUCAACAGCAAAAAGUUGGUAUCAAAAAAAAGUCCAAGGACCAAGUUAUGGAACAUUUACAGAGGUGUGAUGCUCCGGAGGAAGUAGCCGCGACUGAUGACGAAGGAGCGUCCUGUAGCGAUUUGAUUUUCUACGGUUCACGAGAGUCAAUCAAAGCACUGGCAGAGCUUGAGGGAUAUCAAGUUAGCAAAGUCCACUCUAGAAAAGCAUCAUCCCAAGCCCAAGUGCUGGUAAAUGCGCAAAGGAAAGCAAGUGAGCAGGGACAAGAUCAGGAGGAAGGGGAGGGGCAAGGAGAGAGAAAAGAAGAGACACAAGAACACCACAGCAGCAUAUUUUCAGUAGGAAGCGGCAUGGGUGUUAUUACGGCGCCAGUUUACAAGGAUAGUGAUUCAAGUUCACCAGUAAAAGCAAGGAGACUUGCUCAACUUGGCCAGAUUCCAGUAUCUUACUGGAUGGGUGACGUUCCAAAGAUGAUGGAUGUCCUCGGAGCACUUCCGGCUUCUGAACUUGGGAUUCAUGAUUGGAUUGGUAUAGCAUUAUCCCCAUUGGGUGGAGUGGGUGCCUGGAAGGAGAUGAUGAAGAAAACGGCAUCCAAGUUUGAAGUGCGAGGUGAAAUCCAUGCCGCUGUGUUAUGCUACUUGGGGAUUGGUCAUGUUUUUGAAGCCAUUGAUGCAUACCGCAAGAUGGAAAUGUACCGUGAGGCGUUGAUGUUGCUUCGAAUACGAUCUUGGGAGAAUGAAGAUGUCGGGGACGAGGAAGAAAGCGGUAUCGAAGGCUCAGAUGUGGUGAUGGAUGCGCAAGAAAAGAGUAACAAGCCUCAGGAAGGUUUGGGUAUAAUGGAUGUGUCCCAAAUGUCAGUUGCUACUACAGCCAAAGAUUUGACAAAACUUCAUAUACAGAUUUUGACAGAAUGGGGCCAAUACUUGGAACGACGUGGGUUUUAUGUACAAGCAAGCAAAUGCCAGCUGACUCUAGCGGCAGUGCUAAAAAGAGCCUCAUAUCGUCAGCAUAGACCUUCCGAUCCGACUCUAAGUAACGCUGUGGAGAUUCUUCAGGCGACAUCAUCUGUUGGAUUACAAACUCUGGCUCGGAGAGGAGACGUUGCAACAUUGAGGAUUGUUGCAGGAUUGGCGAUCUUGCUCGAUGAUCCAUCUCAGUUGGAGCGUAUAUCACAGUAUGAAACCGCGCUGGCUUUUAACAAACAAGUAGACAAGACAUAG